UUAAGAAGGAAGAAGAACCAGAGUGAGAAAUGGACAAAGAAGCCUUAAAUGGGCUUGUACUGUUAGAAACAGAAACAACUGCACACCACAGAAGAAUAGAAGGGACCCGUGACAUAUUGAAUUUUGAUUUUGCCUAUUGAAAAAGGCAUUGUUAGAAACGAGGGAAAAGUGUAAUCUAAGAUAGACGAAGUAGUCAUUAUAGGCUUAAAAAGCAAAAUCCUAAUCCAGCACUGGCCCUUUCUCUCUCCUCAGCUACACUGAUCUUUGCUUUUACUUUGCUUGUCUCGAGCAAAAGGGUAUUUGCAUUUUGCUCAAAUGCCCAUUUCAAAUUGUGGAUUUUAGAGGUGGUGGGCUAUGAUUGAGCGAACUAGACAAAGGUCCCCAUUGUCCAUCCCACAAUUUCUUGCCCUUUAAAGAUGCAAUUUUUUGGUUUUUUAAUUUCCCCUUUUUGUUCUCAUGAAUAAGACUGAUGAAGAUGAGUAUGCAAGAUUUGUUUGAUAGCUUGUGCAGCAAAGCAGUGAUCUAAAAUUCCCAUUUGAGGAAUCUCUUUCCCAAAACCGUUAAUUAGCUUAAAGAGUAGAGAAAUGGAGUAAAUCUAAGUUCAUUUUUCCCUAACUUGCCUUAGUUUCUUGAAACUAUUUUUUCUUCAAUCAGCACAAUGAGGAAACAUGGAUGGCAGCUUCCCUACCAUCCACUUCAGGUGGUUGCUGUUGCUGUAUUUCUAGCACUGGGAUUUGCUUUCUAUGUCUUCUUUGCGCCUUUUGUGGGAAAGCAAUUGUGUCAAUACAUAGUGAUGGGGAUUUAUACUCCUCUUAUUAUUAGUGUCCUCGGUCUAUACAUUUGGUGUGCUGCUGCUGAUCCUGCAGAUCCAGGAGUCUUUAGGUCCAAAAAGUAUCUAAACAUUCCCGAUGACAGAAAGCAUGUCAAAUCAAACAAGUCUAAACUCAGCGGAGAAUUAACUUCAUCGACUGAAGAUGCAAAUGCUGCCACAGAAAAGAAAUCCCGUGACAAAAGAAACAAAGAUUUAGAUGCAACAGCUGAUUCUACUGCCGAAACUCAAAAGAAGAAUCCGUCAUCUCAUCAAAGAUCCUGCUUAAUUACGAUGCUGGCUUUAUUGCCUUGUGCUCUUGUUUGCAACUCAUGCGAUAAAUCUUCCGAGCAGCAAAUGAGUGAAGAUGGGAUGUUCUAUUGUAGCUUAUGUGAAGUCGAGGUUUUCAAGUACAGUAAGCAUUGUAGAGUCUGUGACAAGUGUGUUGACAACUUCGAUCAUCAUUGCAGGUGGCUAAACAACUGUAUAGGCAAAAGGAACUACCGAAAGUUCUUUACUCUGAUGGUGUCCGCCCUUCUCCUGCUUACACUUCAAUGGUCUACUGGGAUUCUUGUACUGAUCCACUGUUUUCUUGAGAGGAAGCAAUUCUCUUUGGACAUUAGUUUCAAGUUAGGAAGCAGUUUCACACUGGUUCCAUUUGUAAUUGUGGUGGUAGUAUGUACCAUGUUGGCCAUGAUUGCCACCCUACCACUUGCUCAGCUCUUCUUCUUUCACAUUCUUCUUAUAAAGAAGGGAAUUAGCACAUAUGAUUAUAUCAUAGCUCUGCGAGAGCAAGAACAAGGGGCUGAAGGUCAGCAAAGUCCUCAGAUGUCUCUCGCUAGCUCUCUUACCGGAUUAAGCAGUGCAAGCUCGUUUAACACUUUCCAUCGUGCAGCAUGGUGCACACCACCACGUCUUUUUGUGGAAGAUCAGUUUGACGUAGUUCCUCCGGACACUGGAUCCGUAAGUUCACUCGGAAAAAAGACCCAGGUGGAAGACCCGACGAAGAAAAAGAAUCCCACAGCUGUAAAGAUUAGUCCUUGGACGUUGGCACGAUUGAAUGCAAAUGAGGUGUCCAAGGCUGCUGCAGAAGCAAGAAAGAAGUCUAAAAUUCUUCGCCCUGUAAUAAGACGAGAUGCAUCGACUUUUGAUACUGAUAGUAGUUAUGGCAGCAGUAGUCGCUGGAUGGCCCUGAGGCCUGAUAACAACAGAAAACGAGGUAGCAAACGAAUUCGCCUUCCUGCAGAGACACUCCUCCAAUCCAUUUCAAACGUUCCAAGCAACGAUGCUGCAGAUUAUAGAAAUCAUCAUAUGAUGGCUGAGACAUCUAACCGCUUCGUCCCUCUCCAACUUGAACCUCGAAGUGUUUACAGGACAGGCCCAGUUAUGUCAGGUGCGGCUGGGAUUGUUUCUUCAUCCCCCGAGAGUAGUUUAGAUUCCCCAGAUAUUCACCCUUUCCAAGUUUCCUCGUCAAGAGCCAAAGAGGCAACUAGACUUGUUGGGCUACAGGCAGCUCAUAAGGAAAUCCCAUCAUCAUCAAGAUCAACUAGCGAUGGAUAUGAUGCAUCGGGUGGGGAAGAUAGUGAUCAGGUGCCUACAAGAAUUGUAGGACAUCCGACUAACUGGAGUGGCCUCCUGUUUGGUUCUGAGUCCGACAGGAGGGUUACAAAGUUAAUGGCAUCGACUUCAUCUACCUUAACAAACUCAAGGAAGCCUUAAGGAUUGGUGCAGUCAAUAUAUUGAUCUUCUAUACUCAUGGUAAGCAAUCCAGAUUCUUGAGAUUCUUUUCAUUUAUUGGCAGGUUAAACAGAGUUGGCUAGUUCCUGCCUUUGGGUAAUUGCUCUAUUUAUCAGCUUUUGGAAUCCUCUAUUAACUUUUGGUUAGAGUGUUGACAAUUGGAUUGCAAAGGUUCCUACAGAAAUACAAAUUUUGUUUCGCUGCAGCAUCCAGUAUGUUGAAGUUCAAUGGUUUAGUAGAAAAGGCUUGCUGCAUUACUGACUGCCAUCCUGUAAAUGUUUGUCUAUGAUAUGUAUCUGUGCCAUGAAUUCUGUUCCUCUCCACAUCUCUUAUGAAGAUCUUGAAUUUUCUCCUAGUUAAUGGGAAA